AUGCGAUCUUCAUGGGCUGAUUCAGUUGCGAACGCCGAGGAAUCGGCGCCCGCGACUGGUGCUGCUCCCGCCCCUGUUGCCAAUCACCAGAACUCGCGUCCCACUCGCAGCUCUUACGUCCCUCCUCACCUCCGUGGUGGUGGCCGCUCACCAGAGAACCAAGUGCCAGCUGCAGCUCCAACACCAGCUGGCGCAUACCCCUCAGGUGCUGUGCAGCCUGCUGGUGGGUACGCAGCCGCUGUUGGUGGCACUCGCUGGGCUGCCCCUCCUGGUGCUCCUAGCGCUGGCGUAGGUGUUGUCCGCCAGGGUGGUGGUGGACGUGGUGCUGUUGGUGGCGGCGGUGGUGGCUGGAACUCCCGCCCUGGUGGGUGGGGGGACCGCAGGGACCGUGAACCAAACCCUUUUGGCGAUAGUGAGCCGGCGGCUGUUGAUGUUGACUUUGAGAGUCAACAGAACACAGGUAUCAAUUUUGAUGCCUAUGAGGACAUUCCUGUGGAGACAAGUGGCCACGAUGUGCCUGCAGCAGUCAACACGUUUGCAGAGAUUGACUUGGGUGAUGCACUGAAUGAGAAUAUACGGAGGUGCAAGUAUGUGAGGCCUACACCUGUGCAGCGGCAUGCCAUUCCGAUUGUCAUUGGAGGCAGGGAUCUGAUGGCCUGCGCUCAGACUGGGUCUGGGAAGACAGCUGCUUUUUGUUUCCCGAUCAUCAGUGGGAUCCUUAAGUCAAGGCCACCACAGAGGCCUAGAGCUAGGACUGCAUUUCCUCUUGCUCUGAUAUUAUCUCCUACUCGCGAGCUAUCCGUCCAAAUUCAUGAAGAAGCAAAGAAAUUUGCAUACCAGACUGGUGUUAAGGCUUGUGUUGCAUAUGGUGGAGCACCAAUUCAUCAGCAGUUGAGAGAACUGGAAAGAGGUGUUGAUAUACUAGUGGCAACUCCUGGUCGUUUGAUGGAUCUGCUGGAGAGAGCUAGAGUAUCACUGCAAAUGGUGAAUUACUUGGCUCUUGAUGAAGCUGACCGGAUGCUCGAUAUGGGGUUUGAGCCACAGAUACGCAAGAUUGUUGAGCAGAUGGACAUGCCCCCUCGUGGUGUGAGACAGACCAUGCUGUUCAGUGCUACUUUUCCAAAGGAGAUACAACGCCUGGCAUCAGAUUUCCUUGCAGACUACAUCUUCCUUGCUGUUGGAAGAGUUGGUUCAAGUACCGAUUUGAUUGCUCAAAGGGUGGAGUUUGUCCUUGAAGCGGAUAAGAGAAGUUACCUCAUGGACCUUAUUCAUGCGCAGAAGGCUAAUGAUGUUCCUGGAAAGAAUUCUCUUACUUUGGUCUUCGUGGAGACAAAGAGGGGUGCUGAUGCUCUGGAGAACUGGCUGUAUACAAAUGGGUUCCCUGCGACAAGUAUUCAUGGAGAUCGUACACAACAGGAAAGGGAGUAUGCGCUGAGAUCCUUCAAGAGUGGAGCAACUCCCAUCCUGGUUGCAACUGACGUUGCUGCUCGUGGGCUUGACAUACCAGAUGUCGCCCACGUCAUCAAUUUUGAUCUGCCAAAUGACAUAGAUGACUAUGUUCACCGCAUUGGGAGAACUGGAAGAGCUGGGAAGUCUGGUUUGGCAACUGCAUUUUUCAAUGAGGGCAACAUGUCACUGGCCAGGCCGUUAUGCGAACUGAUGCAGGAAGCCAAUCAGGAGGUUCCUCAGUGGCUGGAGCGCUAUUCUGCCCGUUCCUCGUUUGGAGGCGGCGGAGGAGGCAGAAACCGCAGGUCAGGAGGUGGUGGCGGUGCUCGAUUUGGUGGACGUGACUUCCGUCGCGACACGAGGGGCGGCGGCGGUGGAGGAGGUGGUGGCUACGGCGGUGGUGGCGGUUACGGUUGUGUUUCCCGUGUACUGGUUAUUUUCCGACUGGCGUCAAAGUCCGGGUGGGCUAAUUUCCUGUUGCUGCUGCUGCUGUAG